AUGGUCCAGAAGAGCCUCGACGCCAUAAGCUGGACGUUUCGCUACCACGGCUCCGCCUCCGGGUCGGUUCUUGCCGACGAGAUAGAGCGCGACCUGGGGCCCUCUAUGGGAAGCGAGCUGUGCACCGCCGUCGAGACAGCCUACUCGCUCGUCUAUAUGUACCAGGUGCUCGGAAGAAGUGAACAUGCCGACCGCGCGGAGCGGGCCAUCUUCAACGCCUUUCCCGCCAUGAUGACGGGCGACAAGUGGGCGCACCAGUACAUGGCCCAGCCCAACCAGCCGUUUGCCCUCAACACGACGGCCAGCGACGGCCACCUCCCGCCGCUCUUCACCACGGCCAACAGCGGCUCGCCACCACCUUUGGCAUGGAGCCGAUGUCUGGCGCACGUCCUGCUGGGCCCGUCGACUGUGACGGCCACGGUGGAUGGCGGCUCCGUCGCCAUCUCGUGCGACACGGCAUAUCCUUUUGAUGACACGCUUUCGUACACGAUCACGACGGACAGGCAGUUUAACCUUUACAUUCGCGUGCCGAGGUGGUCUCAUUCCUUCAAAGCCGUCCAAGGCCUCAUCAACCUCCCCAAGCGAGAUGCCACAUCGGGCAUGUACAAGAUCCUUGUCAAUCCGGACCAGACCAAGGUUGUGUGCAUCGUGUCGACCGAAGUCCGAACCGAGGCCCGAGCCAACGACACCGUCGCCGUGCUGUACGGCAAUCUGCUCUACGCGCUCGACGUCGGCUUCUCUCAGACAUCGUCGUUCCCGCACGCCUGGUACGACACCAGAGGCCCUGGGCUAUCAUACUUGCCAUUCCCCCAGCUCCGAGACCACUACAUCAACAGCACCACGCCCUGGAACGUGGCAAUCGACCCUGCAACCCUCCGGUACCAUGGCCUGAGCGGGGCCCGCCUGCCUGACCCUGUCUUUGAGCACGGCGCGCCGCCGAAUCACAUUACGGUGGACGGCUGCGAGAUUUCCUGGGGUCUGCGGCUGGGCAUCACGCCGGACUGGGCUCCGUCGAACAGGACGUGUAUCGGGGAGAGGAGGUCGUUUAAGCUGGUUCCGUACGGGGCGGCCAAGGUGCACAUGUCGGACUUGCCGGUCGUCAAAUUUUGA